AUGGGCAGCCCUGAGACCCUCUCCUGGCAGCACUCCAAUGUGAACGAACACAGGCCUUACAUGCGCCUGAUUGGCUCAGUACAGGGUCCAGGAAUAGGAAUCCUGUCCAUCUCGAAGAGUGGGCACCUGGCUCUGUCCAUGGCCUCUUUUCUCUCUGGCAUCUCAGCCACAGCCUGGAUCAACGGCAGCAACGCUAAUAUGGUGGCGCCACUGCACUACAAAGACCUCAUCAUCCCUUCCAUCACGCCUAUCGUUGAGAACGUCACCUUCUCACCGUCCGGCAUCCUCGACAUCCGAGACGCCUUACCGGACCCAGAGACUGAGGGGAACCGCGGUUCUGUGAUCCCAAUAGAACGUUCCAAUUCUAGGUUCCUCUUCGCCGCCUCUGAGGACGACAGGAACUGGAACAGCUGUCUCUUCGCCCAACAGGCCGCCGCCCGGCUGAGGCAUCAUGGAAAGAGAACUUUGAGGAUAUUUGUAGCAACAAAUGGCUUCCAUUCCGCGGUUGGUCAAGUGGUGGUGUUUGGGGGAGAGGCUAAAGCCCACCAUCAGGCUCAGCUGGACCUGUGGAGGAGGGUCCAGGAGUUCUUCAGGAAACACCUGAACAGGAACAACACUGCCCAGAAAGCUAUGUUAUAUACUAGAGGGUAA